UCUCAUAUAUUCAAACCUCCAUGGCAGAAAUGGGGUCUGCAGAUGUAACUGAGGGCAGCAGUAAGGCUUCAGAGUUGAAACUUAAUCUGAUUUUGGGUAUUGCAAGAGAAGGAAUGGAAUCCAUGUCGUUAUCUCAGGCUUUUGUGCUGGUCUUUCAAGACUAAAAUGUAUGGACCCUGAUUAUAUCUGGUUUUGGUUGGUUGAGGGUUUUUUGAUUUUAGUUUGUAAUUUUGUCAAAAAACUACUCUUUUAAAAAGAAAUCUCAGGUUGUUAAUGUUGCUGUUACUUUUGAGAACACAGCCAACCUUCCUCCUCGUGCUCAUUCAUUAUUCAAGCAGCACACAGGUGCUGCAUCUUCAGUUCUUGAGCUGUGCCCAGAACAAGGCAUGUAGCUGCCCAUGUGGGCCAUCAGUAGAAAAUCCUACAGAGUAUUGUGAGCUGCUUUUCUUCACCUCUUCAUUUUGGGAUUUUCUUCAGAGGAGCGCCAGUAUCGCUGCGAGGACUGCGACCAGCUCUUUGAGUCCAAGGCUGAGCUGGUGGACCACCAGAAGUUCCCCUGCAGCACUCCACACUCCGCCUUCUCCAUGGUGGAGGAGGACUUUCAGAAAAAGCUUGAGAAUGAGAACGACCUUCGGGAUGUGCACGAAAUCCAGGAGUGUAAAGAGUGUGAUCAAGUCUUCCCAGACUUACAAAGCCUGGAGAAGCACAUGCUGUCCCACAGCGAGGAGCGGGAGUACAAGUGUGACCAGUGCCCCAAAGCUUUCAACUGGAAGUCCAACUUGAUACGUCACCAAAUGUCACAUGACAGCGGCAAGCACUACGAGUGUGAGAACUGUGCCAAGCAGGUUUUCACGGACCCCAGCAACCUCCAGAGGCACAUUCGUUCCCAGCAUGUUGGGGCUCGUGCUCACGCUUGUCCAGAGUGUGGCAAAACCUUUGCCACAUCUUCAGGCCUCAAACAGCAUAAACACAUCCACAGCAGUGUCAAACCCUUUAUAUGUGAGGUCUGCCAUAAAUCCUAUACUCAGUUUUCAAACCUUUGUCGUCAUAAGCGCAUGCAUGCUGAUUGCAGAACCCAAAUCAAGUGCAAAGACUGUGGACAAAUGUUCAGCACUACGUCUUCCUUAAAUAAACACAGGAGAUUUUGUGAGGGCAAGAACCAUUUUGCAGCAGGAGGAUUUUUUGGCCAAGGCAUUUCACUUCCUGGAACCCCAGCUAUGGAUAAAACGUCCAUGGUUAAUAUGAAUCAUGCAAAUCCGGGCCUUGCUGACUAUUUUGGAGCCAAUAGGCAUCCUGCUGGUCUUACCUUUCCAACAGCUCCUGGAUUUUCUUUUAGCUUCCCCGGUCUGUUUCCUUCAGGCUUGUACCACAGGCCACCUUUGCUACCUACUAGCUCUCCUGUUAAAGGACUACCAAGCGCAGAUCAGACAAACAAAAGUCAAAGUCCCCUCAUGACCAACCCUCAGAUACUGCCAGCCACCCAGGAUAUUUUGAAGGCACUAAAUAAGCAACCAUCUGUAGGGGAAAAUAAGCCAGUGGAGCUUCAACCAGAGAGGUCCUCUGAAGAGAGGCCGCAUGAGAAACUCAGUGACCAGUCAGAGAGUAGUGACCUUGACGAUGUCAGUACCCCCAGUGGCAGUGACCUGGAAACCACCUCUGGCUCUGAUCUGGAAAGUGACAUUGAAAGUGAGAAAGAGAAAUUUAAAGAAAAUGGUAAAAUGUUCAAAGACAAAGUAAGCUCUCUGCAGAGUUUGGCUUCAAUAAAUAAUAAGAAAGAACACAGCAAUCAUUCCAUUUUCUCACCAUCUUUAGAGGAGCAGACUGCGGUGUCAGGAGCGGUGAAUGAUUCUAUAAAGGCUAUUGCUUCUAUUGCUGAAAAAUACUUUGGUUCAACAGGACUUGUGGGGCUGCAAGACAAAAAAGUUGGAGCCUUACCUUACCCUUCCAUGUUUCCCCUCCCAUUUUUUCCAGCAUUCUCUCAAUCAAUGUAUCCAUUUCCUGAUAGAGACUUGAGACCGUUACCCUUGAAAGUGGAGCCCCAAUCACCCAGUGAACUCAAGAAGAUCCCAAAGGGAAGCUCUGAGUCUCCCUUUGACCUCACCACUAAGCGUAAGGAGGAGAAGCCCGUUACUCCCAUACCCUCAAAGCCAGCAGCUCCGCCUGCGGCAAGCCAGGACCAGCCUCUAGAUCUGAGCAUGGGCAGUAGGAGUCGAGCCAGCGGCACAAAACAGGCCGAACCCCGGAAAAACCACGUCUUUGGAGAGAAGAAAGGAGGUGACCUCGAGCAGAGGAAAACGUCGGAGGCCUCUUUGCAGCACGCCCGACCGACUCCCUUCUUUAUGGAUCCCAUUUACAGAGUAGAGAAAAGAAAGUUAACUGACCCACUCGAAGCUUUAAAAGAGAAAUACUUGAGACCUUCCCCGGGAUUCUUGUUUCAUCCACAAAUGUCAGCUAUAGAAAACAUGGCCGAAAAGCUGGAGAGUUUCAGUGCCUUGAAGCCAGAGGCCAAUGAGAUGAUCCAGUCAAUGCCAUCCAUGUUCAACUUCCGAGCCCCUCCAAGUGCUCUGCCUGAGACCCUCCUGCGCAAGGGCAAGGAGCGCUACACCUGCAGAUACUGUGGCAAGAUUUUCCCCAGAUCUGCAAACCUAACCCGUCACCUGAGGACACACACUGGAGAGCAGCCCUACAGAUGCAAAUACUGUGACAGGUCCUUUAGCAUAUCUUCCAACCUGCAGAGACAUGUCCGUAAUAUCCACAAUAAAGAGAAGCCAUUCAAGUGUCACUUGUGUGACAGGUGUUUUGGUCAACAAACCAAUCUUGACAGACAUCUAAAAAAGCAUGAGAAUGGCAACAUGUCUGGUACUGCAACAUCUUCACCUCACUCAGAACUGGAAAGCACAGGGGCCAUCCUAGAUGACAAAGAAGAUUCUUACUUCACAGAAAUUAGGAAUUUUAUUGGAAACAGCAACCACAACAGUCAAUCCCCCCGAAACUCAGAGGAGAGAAUGAAUGGCAGUCACUUUAAGGAUGAAAAAGCCAUGGUAACCAGCCAGAACUCAGAUUUGUUGGAUGACGAAGAGGCAGAAGAUGAAGUAAUGAUGGACGAAGAAGAUGAAGAAAGUGAAAUUGCAGGGAAAACAGUCAAAGAGCCUGUUACAAGUGACAUACAUGAGGGGACUCCUGAGGAGGAUUACGAGGAAACGAGUACUUUGGACAUGAACUGCAAAGCUUCCCCUGGCAGGUAUAAAGAGGAGGAAUAUAAUAAGACUGGACUUUCAGCUUUGGACCACAUAAGGCACUUCACAGAUAGCCUCAAAAUGAGGAAAAUGGAAGAAAAUCAAUAUAGUGAAGCUGAAUUGGCAGCUUUCAAUACUUCCCAGCUGCCAGAGGACCUAAAACAACCAUUGUACAGGAAAUCCAAAUCCCAGGCGUACGCCAUGAUGCUCUCUCUCUCUGACAAGGACUCCCUUCAUUCUGCAUCCCACAAUUCUCCCAAUAUGUGGCACAGCAUGGCGAGAGCUGCUGCAGAAUCCAGCGCCAUCCAGUCCAUCAGUCACGUAUGACAUUGUGAAGUCUUACCAAGAAUGGGACCAAGUCCAAACCAGUAGCAUGGCUCUUUCAUAUAUGACUAUUUAAAAGACUGCUGAGCAGAAUGCCUUAUAAAUCUGCAGGGUCACUCAUUUAAAGUCUGGUGACCUUAAACUGAAUAAUUUUAAAAAGAAAGAAACUAUUUAUUCUCAAUAUUUUGUUUUGCACAGCAAAGGCAGCUGCUGACUUCUGGAGGAUCAAUGCGACUUAAAAAAAAAAAAAGAGUUUCAGUGGAUUAUGUAAACUGGGGCCAGGAAAAAGUGUCUUCCAGUUCACCCGGCUUUGAGAGGCAGGGGCAAAAGGGUUAAGACUGCAUUGAUACACACAUGGGCACUCCUUUAAAGUAGGAACUGAAUUGAUUUUCUUUUUGUAUAAAAUAGUUCGACACAGGAUUGGGAACAGUUGCUUUUAUGUACAAAUCUCUUCAUUAAAGCUUUAUGCAUUUUAGCCCUUCAGAGAAAGAAAGAAAAUAGCUAUAUGAAAUGCACACUAUCCAUCAUAAAUGUAGAAAGAAGUAACAGGGAGUAUUUUGUUCUCUCCGUAAUUCUUUUGCCUUCUCAACUGCAUUGUUAAAGAAAAAAAAGGAAAAAUGUGGAAAAAAAAAAAAAAAA